GCUCCGCGGAGGCAGAGGGAGUGCCCUGGAGGGCCAGCGCCGGGGGCAUCGGGAGAGGAGAGCCGCCGUCUGCCUGCGCGGGGUACUACUCCUGGCUCCUUUCGGGCCGCACAAGCUGAGCUGCGCCCAGGGAACAGCCAGGGGAAGGGGCGAGAUGGUAGCACCGGUCUUGGGUGACAGCGGCCCCUGAUUUGAACUCGCUUCCCGCUCCGCUGGGUUCCCGGACGCUGCUUCCUGGCUUCUUGCUCCGCGGACAGGUGCGGCCAAGGGCAGUUCAGUUCAAUGCGGGCUUGGGGAUUUCUUCGGCGCGAUCUCGGAGUGUACAUGCUCUAAAUGCCUGCAGUACAGAGGACUCCUACAGCUUCCAAUGGGAUGCAUUUGCAUAGAGGGAGAAUUCCUCAUUUAAGAUGGGUAAUAAGCAAACGAUAUUUACUGAUGAACAGCUAGAUGCCUACCAGGAUUGUACCUUUUUCACUCGGAAAGAAAUCCUUCGGUUGCAUGGCCGAUACCAUGAAAUGGCACCAAACGUUGUGCCCAUGGACUAUACCAAGGAUCCAGAUGUUAAACUCCCUAUGCAGCUUAUAAUAAACAUGCCUGAACUAAAGGAGAACCCCUUCAGGGAGAGGAUUGUGGAGUCUUUCUCAGAGGACGGAGAAGGGAACCUCAGCUUCAAUGACUUUGUGGACAUGUUUUCUGUGCUCAGUGAAAUGGCUCCCAGAGAGCUCAAAGCAAUCUAUGCCUUUAAGAUUUAUGAUUUUAACACAGAUAACUUCAUUUGUAAAGCUGACUUAGAAAACACCCUCAACAAGCUGACACGAGAAGAGCUAACAGCAGAAGAAAGUGUUCUAGUGUGUGAGAAAGUGAUAGAAGAAGCCGAUAUGGAUGGCGAUGGGAAACUAGGAUUUUCAGACUUUGAGAACAUGAUUUCCAAAGCACCGGACUUUCUCAGUACCUUCCACAUAAGAAUCUGAGGAUGUGGGUGUGAACCACUGUUUUCAGAAAUGACUUGACAUCAGUCCUGCCUCUCUGAAUCUCAGGCACUUGGGGGCUUCUGGCCUCUAUUAUGGCUUCUUAGAACUCAGCAACAAGGACUGAAAUCAUUUUGGCCUACUGGGAGAAAGAAGCAUCACAAGACCUACAAGUCUGAUCUACAAGAUCAAUGGGAUGCCUCAGUUUUUAUCACCAGUGUUGCCCAACAAUGGCAUUCUAGAAAAGAUGGCUGGCUGGUUGUGUUUUUUUAAACAAGCAGAAUAUUAUUAAAUGUAUUUCCUGUAGUUUUUAUAUUUAUGAAAAUUUAAUAUUGUUCUUCAAAGCAAAAAAAGAAAGAAAAAUAGACAUAAGCUAUGUUGACUUUCCGAAGGUUGUUAAUUGAAAGAAAGCACUGGCCUUAAAAUAACGAGAUGUCUCCACCACUGUCUUACACAGCUGGGGGUCGUGCAUGGAAAUAAUUUGAUGUGUAAAAGUUGCAGUUGAAAUCAAGUUUAUGGUUUUGAAGACAAAUGCACAUUAGGUUUGCCACUGGGAUCUCCAAAAUGGCAGGUUGCUGGGUUUGGUGCUUAACCUUCAACCAAUAUUUUAUGGAUUAUCAGAUCCUUAUGAAACUUGAAGUAUUUGCCUUUUGUACAACAUCCACAUAUUUGAUUAAUUUCUUCCUAAGAAAGACUUUAAACUAUGUCUGUUCUCCAAGGAGAUCUUGCCUUUUCUCAUAUGAUGGGCUGAUAAUGUUGGAUAGCAGAAUAUUGUCACCUAUAACCCUAUGAAGAAACUCAAGAAGCACAGCUCCAGUACCAAGGACAUGAAAAAGACAUUUUCUUUUUAAACCAGCUAUGCAAUUGUUCUCAUAAAAUGCAUGAAUGCAGCUCUGCAUUUCUAUCUCCUCCCCUCCUGGAAAUCAGCUUUGUCAUUUGUUUUAAAUUCCAGUAUUGUUUAGGUACUGGGGCCUGACAAUCAUACAUAUAUAACUGUUCUAACAGUCAAUA